GGAGGUGGGCGCGGCUGAGCUCGGAGAGGGCCCGGGCGGGAGGGGGACGGAGUGGACUCCGCCAAACUGCGUCCUGAGGGUGACUGGGAAUGUAAACAAGAAUAAGCUAUUUGUUUCCUGAUGGCUUUUAGUAAAUACUGACGGAUUGUCUGGGAUGGCAUCUGAGGCUGAGAAGACCCAUGCUUUACUCCAGUCUUGUAGCACUGAGUCUCUUAUUUCCAGCCUUGGUCUGGGGAUAUUUUGCCUAGUAGCCGAUAGACUUCUUCAGUUUUCAGUAAUUCAGCAAAAUGACUGGCUUCGAGCCCUCUCAGAUAACGCCAUACAUUGUGUGAUUGGCAUGUGGUUGUGGGCAAUUGUCAUUGGAGUCAAGAAGACAACUGACUUUGGAGAAAUCAUUUUAGCUGGAUUUUUAGCCUCUGUUAUUGAUGUAGACCACUUUUUUCUAGCUGGAUCUUUAUCUUUAAAGGCUGCUUUGACUCUUCCACGAAGACCUGUUCUUCACUGCUCUACGGUCAUACCAGUUGUGGUUCUGACCCUGAGGCUUACUAUGCACCUUUUCAAGCUCAAAGACUCAUGGUGCUUUCUUCCCUGGAUGUUAUUUAUAUCGUGGACCUCACAUCAUAUCCGAGAUGGAAUUCGUCACGGCCUGUGGAUAUGCCCAUUUGGAAAAACCUCUCCUUUGCCAUUCUGGCUUUAUGUCAUCAUCACCUCCUCUUUACCUCACAUCUGUUCGUUCAUUAUGUAUUUCACAGGGACCAGGCAAAUGAUGUCUUCAAAACAUGGGAUCCAUAUUGACGUCUGAGGUAACUGUAUGCCAGUCUUAGAGAAGCAGGUGGUUCCGAUAAUGAUAAUUAAGGGUGGCUGACAUU